AAUGAUGCAAUGUCGAUGUACAAACGUCAUUAAUACGCGGUUCCUAAGUGAUGUCAUUUUGUCAUGGUUGUCCAUAUACGCUUUAUUAUUGUCAUUCGUAUAGAUUUAACAAAUACAUUUUACCUCGAUUUUAAGCCCACUGAAAAUUUGGAUAUUUGCGUUUCGUUUUUAUAACACAUAUGUCAUGGAGCUAUAUCCGUGUGCGGUUCGAUCGAUACUGUCUUCUGUUGUCCCGACAAUGUUUCGGCUGUCACCUAGGUUACAUUACCAUUUUUCUCCACAAAAGGCCCAAAAAAGUAAUAAAUUUUUAAUGAGAGCUAUAACUACGUUAUAACUUGUAAGAUACUCCCACCGCGGCCUAAAAAAGUGUGAUUUUCUUGCUAUUUCAUCUUAGCGUAGAUAUUUCCGCUUGCGGCGCUACUGCGCGAAAAAUCUCAAAUAUUGUAGCCAUGGAAACAUGUGCUUUAUAGCCAAUGGCAAUUACGGAGCCUUGGCUACGUAUAACACUAACGAUUUUGGUAUUAGCGGCCGUGUAUCGACUUAUGUCGAGUAAAUUAAGUUAUCUGACAAUAUUGCUGAAGGCGCUUUUCGGCUUUCACGUUUUGUGUUUAACUUUGAACACAGUCGCUAAUGUUUAAUUUAAGAAAUAAAAAUAUGAUGUCUUUUUUCUUAACCCGUUGAACCGACAAGAUAAUAUGUCAGCGCGGGUUCAUCUUUUAACCUUACCUUGUCUAGCUUCGCUCGCUGAAUAAACAUUUGUAGCUGGUGUUUCGUAUAGACCGCCACAGCCAGGGGUCGGCAAACAUAGUGUAUCCAGAACGGGAAAGAAAAUCGUUAUUUUGCGUUUUGGGCCCCGACGACGUCUCGUUUUCUGAUGGCCUCAUUUCGUCGAAACAAGGUGUUUAUAGCAGCAGAUGCGAGCGCUGAACCUCAAGCUUUUAGCAUAGGAGGCAAAAUGGAUUCAGAUAUAAUAAAACUGCAACAGAAUGGAAUAGGCGAAAGCGCCUCCGAAUCAACGUGCUCUUUAGACCGGUCUACCAGAAUGAAGCUAAAGCUUUUUGUAAACGAAAGCACGAUGGCAGAAAGACUACGUUAUUACUUCGUGAAAAAUCAAACGAUAAGUCUCCGAAUCCGCCUGCUCAAAUUCCUACUCAAGAUAUUUACCGUGGUUCUGUACAUUUUACGAGCAGCAAUGGAAGAUCGACACCGAAGUACUUGCUGUGGCAUGUGCGUACGAAUAAACACAACAGACGGACCAGAUCAAGUAAACCCAUACUGGACGGACCAAUACACGUUUUCGUGGACGUUAAUUGUUUGGGUUGAUCGGCAUACAGUUAUAUGGAUAGUACAGGUGGUUUUGGCAUUUGUGAGUUGUUUUCACGAGGUAUUGAAUACUUUUGUGCAUUACAAAGGCAACUUAUCACAACAAGUUUUCAGCUUCACUUGGUUUAUUGAAGCGGCAUGUUCUUUCACUUUUAUGGCAACUGUUUUCUGGGAGCCUCUACGCUGUUUGUUUGUGCCUGUUUUCCUGAAUAUUUGGCUGGCUAAAAGUGGAUUGGAAAGCAUGAUAAAUGAUUUGCACCGAGCCGCACACAAGCAACAAAGCGCCAUGUUUAAUCAAGUGCUGGUUCUUUUAUCAACUUUAAUUUGUUUAUUUAUGACCUGCAUUUGCGGCGUCGAGCACCUGGAAAGGGCAGGAAAAUAUCACAUGGAUUUGUUUGACGCUUUCUGGUUUGUCGUUGUGACAUUCAGCACCGUGGGAUACGGAGACAUUACACCGACAAUAUGGCCGUCAAAGCUACUCGUGAUCAUCAUUAUUUUUGCUGCUUUGAGCAUUAUUCCAAGCCAACUUGAACAAAUCUCAUUCUUGUGGUCGGAGCGGUUAAGACAAGGAGGGGAGUACAGCAGACAGCGAGCUAAGACUGAGAAACAUGUGGUAGUUUGUGCUACAGUUCUACGAAUGGAUGUCAUUUUGGAUUUUCUUAAUGAGUUUUACGCCCUGCCCUCUUUGCAAAAAUACUACGUUGUCCUGCUGUCCCCCUGUGAGUUGGACGGCCCGCUAAAGAAUUUCCUACAAGUGCCCAUUUGGGCCGAAAGAGUAAUUUAUAUCCAAGGCUCCCUACUUCGUGAAGUUGACUUAGUAAGAGUCAAAAUGGAUGCGGCCGAGGCCUGUUUUAUCCUGACGUCACGACAGGAGGUAGACAGAGUUGCCGCAGAUGAAAAGACAAUUUUAAGGGCAAUGGCUGUGAAGGAUUUUGCGCCUAAGUGCCCUCUCUUCGUGCAUAUAUUACGCCCUGAAAGUCGGCUACAUGUACAGUUUGCUGACACGGUGCUUUGUGAUGAAGAAUUCAAGUUCGUACUGUUGGCGAUGAACAGUUUUAUACCCGGUAUCUCUACUGUGAUAACGUUACUGGCACACACUUCAAAAGGCCAGGAAGGAAAUAACUUAAACUGCCGAUGGAAAAGAGAUUUUGGACGGAGCGCAGGAAACGAAAUCUAUAGCGUGGUGGCGCAAGAGAGCAAGUUUUUCGGGGAGUACGUUGGUUCAAGUUUCACCGAAGCUUCAGUGUCUGCACACUCCAAGUGUGGAGCAACUCUCAUCGGAGUCGAGCGCUCCGGGGAAAUCCUCAUCAACCCCGGUCCUAAGUUCACACUGGAUGAAGAAGAUGUCCUCUUCUACAUCUGCCUUACCCAGGAGGAAGAUGCGAUCAUCGUGGAAGGGAUGCAUGAGCAGCAGCACUCUGAAAGUCGGAGGAGCAAACGAGAGUCCGCAGGAUCAAUACGGAAGAUUGAUGCAGAUGAAAUUGUAAACCAAAACAUGCUACUGACUACCCAAGUCAGCGCAUCCCAAAGCGAAAUCUUUACUGACGAGACAGCAGAACCAUACAUUACUUCAACAACCUUGAGAGAGACCAGAAUCGGCUUCCCUCCUGUGUCUCCAUAUAUCGGACACUUAACGCCAACUAUGUGCCAUAUUCUAAGGGACCGAGCAAAGCUGUGUUGUAUGCGAAUGGACAGGCCAUGCGAGCAUUGCCGCCAUACAUCAGCUUUGCAUUACAAGUGGUCCACUGCCCCCAUCAUUAUAACAGCGGAGUUUGCAGCUCAAAGUCUCUUCAACGUUCUUAUUCCCUUGCGAGCUCACUACAGACCUAUAGGUUCCAUACACCCUGUGGUAUUACUGCUCGAACACUCUCCUGAAAAUGCAUUCCUGAAUGCUAUAAGCUGUUUCCCAAUGACUUACUAUAUGCUGGGUAACAUGAACGGUUACGGAAGUACACGUAGGAGUUAUCACUCCUGCCGACAGACUACAUUGGAUUCGUUACUGAACGCUGGAGUUACAGAAGCGCAUUCUGUAAUUAUUAUUGACAGGGAGACUUCUAUGUAUGCAGAAGAAGCUUACAUGGCGGAUUCAAGGCAAUUGGUCGCAACACAGACGAUGUUUCGCUUAUUUCCUCGAGUACCAGCUUGUCUUGAGUUAACACACGCCAGUAAUAUGAGGUUCAUGCAUUUUGUUCCACCUAACCCUAAUGUUGAUGCGGACAAUUAUAGAAAGGUUCGUGACCGAGAAAAGUCGUGCAGUCUGCCAUAUUUGUUCCGUGAGGCAUUCGUUUCCGGCAAAGUGUUUAGUUCAAGCAUGCUCGACACCCUACUUUACCAAUCCUACGUAAAGGGAUACCUUUGUACGUUACUGCGGGUAAUGCUGGGGUUACAAUACACUUCUGGGUCCGGCCAUUUGACAACACACAAAGUCACGUCGCACCAACAUGGGAAAACAUACCACGAAAUGUUCAAAAUCUUGAGCCGAAAAUCCGGGAGUAUAGUGUUUGGGAUAUAUCGGUACGAGGAAAGCGCUUCUGCUGCAUCUUCUCUCACCCAUUCUUUCGUUAUGGACGAAACGAAUAAAGAAGGCAGCAAAUCGCUGUCGGUGGCCAGGGCUGUUCGGACUAGCGUAAAAGGUGCAGCUUUGGUUGGUGAAGUCGAAGACGACGCAAACGUGGAUACUCCGAAGAGACGAAGACCGAGUGCCAUUAGUCUGUCUGCCAUGAAACAGAACUUCCGGUCAAGAUUUACUUCCACGAAACGUCAGAGCAUUCGCCGUCUCCACCAAAUACAUUGUUCGAAGUCGGAGAGAGAAAACUUAGACGACAUGAUCAGGUCACGAAUGCGAGAACUUGACCUUGACAGUCACCCACAACCAACGAGGCACACCGAAGAUUUUCAUAAAAACAGUCAAUUCGGUUACAUCUUGUUGAACCCCCCGCCUGAAACAACAGUCAAAGACGGCGACGUGCUGUACAUGAUGAGCCCCGAGGUGACCUGUGAAAGUCGCGCCGAGUCCCACCUUAGCAGUGCCAGUGGGGACAGCCUUCUGUCGUCCAUCUCACGUCUUCAUGAACCUACGAACGCAACUUCAACCAAACACGUAUUAGACGACGCAAAAGCGACCGCGGACAAACUCUGGAACAACAUUGUAUUAACACGUGAAAUUUCCGUGAUUGACGAAGAAGGCGAUACUACAGACAACGAAUCCGACAAGAAAUUUUUACCGAGAGAUAACAACCUAGUCGUAUAAGUGAUCCUAUGGAAAAAAAUUCAAAUAAUUUUUGGAAGUUCCCAAUUUUUGAAAGGUAUUUCAAUUUUUGAGCUUAACCAGACACACAGCUGCGUUUUAAACCCACAAAAGCCCGCCAAUUACGCUGCAUCGUGCAGUCUUGGUCGUUAUAUUUUCUAUAUUCGCAAUGAGAGCUUAACUGCCAUAUAGGCGUGCUUGUGAAAAGGGCUUGUCGUUCAGUAUACAGGAAAUUGCAGUUUUGUAUUGAGUUUUAGCAAUACCGUUAAAUGGUGCAUUAGAUAUCUAACGCUACUUAAACAUAUAACGGCUCCGUAGAUCAGCACUUUACUUUUUAGAGCACUUUUGUAGUGAUUUACCUCUUUUACUGGCUAUACCAUACAAGUCCCACUGAAGUAUCGCAGUAGGUCCAAAAAGUUCAAUUAUUCGUAAAAACUAAUUUUAACUUGACGUUUAUUUUUACCCCUAUGGUCUUUUUUCUUGGAUUCCUUACCUGUUUUUAAUAAAUU